AUGAAGGAGAUGUCGCGCUACCUGUGGCCGAAGGAUAGCUGGAGGGACAAGAUGCGUGUGCUGUUGGCCGUGGGCCUGCUGGUCGGCGGCAAGGUGCUCAACGUGCAGGUGCCCUUCUACUUCCGCGAGAUUGUGGACUCGCUGAACGUUGACUUCGCCGCCACGGGCGGCACCGUGGCCACGGUUGCCGGCGCCAUGAUCUUUGCGUACGGCGCCGCCAGGAUAGGCGCCGUCGUGUCCCAGGAGUUGCGCAACGCCGUGUUCUCGUCCGUGGCGCAGAAGGCCAUCCGCCGCGUGGCCACCAGGACCUUUGGCCACCUCCUGAACCUGGAUCUCAGCUUCCACCUGUCCAAGCAGACGGGCGGCCUGACCCGCGCCAUCGACCGCGGCACCAAGGGCAUCAGCUUCCUGCUGACGAGCAUGGUGUUCCAUAUCGUGCCGACCGCAUUGGAGAUCAGCAUGGUGUGCGGCAUCUUGACCUACCAGUUCGGGUGGGAGUUUGCCGCCAUCACGGCGCUCACCAUGACCGCCUACACGGCCUUCACCAUCUGGACCACCGCCUGGCGGACAAAGUUCCGCCGGCAGGCCAACGCGGCCGACAACAAGGCGUCCACCGUCGCUGUCGACUCGCUGAUCAACUACGAGGCGGUCAAGUACUUCAACAACGAGACAUACGAGAUCGGCCGCUACGACAAGGCGCUGCAGCAGUACGAGAAGAGCUCCAUCAAGGUGGCCACCUCGCUGGCCUUCCUCAACAGCGGCCAGAACAUCAUCUUCUCGUCCGCGCUCACCCUCAUGAUGUGGCUCGGCGCCAAGGGCAUCGUGGCCGGCUCCCUCUCGGUCGGCGACCUGGUCCUGAUCAAUCAGCUCGUCUUCCAGCUGUCAGUCCCGCUCAACUUCCUCGGCUCCGUCUACCGCGAGCUGCGCCAGUCGCUCCUCGACAUGGAGACGCUCUUCAACCUGCAAAAGGUCAAUGUCUCCAUCCGGGAGAAGCCCGGUGCGGCCCCGCUCGUGCUGCCCAAGGGCGGCGAGAUCCGCUUCGAGAACGUCACGUUCGGCUACUACCCCGACCGCCCCAUCCUCAACGACCUCACCGUCACCAUCCCCGCCGGCAAGAAGGUGGCCGUGGUCGGGCCCUCCGGGUGCGGCAAGUCGACGCUGCUCCGGCUGCUCUUCCGCUCGUACGAGCCGCAGGCCGGGCGCAUCCUGAUCGACGACCAGGACAUCCGCGACGUGACGCUCGACUCGCUGCGGCGGUCCAUCGGCGUGGUGCCGCAGGACACGCCGCUCUUCAACGACACGGUCGAGCUCAACAUCCGGUACGGCAACCUGGACGCGAGCCCGGAGCGCGUGCGCGCGGCCGCCCGCCGCGCCCACAUCCACGACCGCAUCGAGUCGUGGCCGCACGGCUACCAGACCAUGGUCGGCGAGCGCGGCCUGAUGAUCUCGGGCGGCGAGAAGCAGCGCCUGGCCGUCUCGCGCCUCGUCCUCAAGGACCCGCCCCUGCUCUUCUUCGACGAGGCCACCAGCGCGCUCGACACCCACACCGAGCAGGCCCUCAUGGCCAACAUCAACGAGGUGCUGCGCGAGAAGCGCCGCACCAGCGUCUUCGUCGCCCACCGCCUGCGCACCAUCUACGACGCCGACCUGAUCAUCGUGCUCAAGGAGGGCAGGGUCGUCGAGAUGGGCAGCCAUCGCGAGCUGAUGGAGCGGAACGGCCUGUAUGCGGAGCUGUGGAUGGCGCAGGAGAUGCUGAUGCAGGGGAACGAGAAGGGGGAGUAGCCGAGUAACUUAAAGGGGUUUCAGCUGUAAGAGAGCCGUUUCUGGGCAGGAUGAAGGAAUAGACACACGGGAGGUGUUCGUGUGCGUGCCUUGCUACGGCUGGUUUCCGGACUUUUGGAUUCGAGAUUAAUCUCCACCGGAUCUUGACGCCCCUGGCGUUCUACAGUCUGAGUGAGUGCGGAGACACUUCGGCGUCGGGUUCCACACGUACUCCCUGCAACCCAGAAUAUCUAUUGCAUCGAGAUCCGCUCAAAUAGAUUGCAGAGAGCCUAG